GCUAAGCCCAGUAAAAGGACAACUGAUCCAAGCCCAAGUAGCACCUGAAGUACUCAGCCACCGUGCGGUGGUUCAUCCAUCCUUACACUGGCGGCGAUGGGUUCUUCAGCUCUCCCCAUUGUCUCAUGAGAUUCAAACCCAUCUCCGCUCUUUCUCUCUUCAAAAAAUCGAACCUUUACGCCCAUUUCCUAAAAAACCAUUUCAUGGCCACCGACGCUCUGCCCGCGUCUUCCGUAGACCUUCAAAAAAAUGAAGACGACCUUCUCUGCGCAGAGAGUGCGGGACCCACGGUCCCCAUCUCGGAGGAAGAGAAGUUUCGGUCUAUUGAUUUUGGUCGUCCGAAUGGGUAUUUGAGCGGCGAGGCGAGGAUUGAGAGGGCUUGGGCUCACUGGAACAAGUUGGGGCAGCCCAAAUGUAUAGUUGCCCCCAUGGUAGACAACUCGGAGCUUCCUUUUCGUAUGCUCUGCCGCAAGUAUGGCGCUGAAGCUGCUUAUACGCCUAUGCUCCACUCCCGAAUUUUCACUGAAAACGAAAAAUACCGAUCUGUGGAAUUCACUACUUGCAAGGAAGACAGACCACUGUUUGUUCAAUUCUGUGCAAAUGACCCUGACACUUUGCUGGAAGCAGCUCGAAGAGUUGAACCCUAUUGUGAUUAUGUAGACAUUAACUUUGGGUAGCAUCAUAUUUCUUACUUACAACAUUCUAAGUAAAUAAUCAUGUGACUAUGAGGUCCAUAAACAUCUCCAGUAUACUGAUUUCAUAUGGGAUUAUCCUAUACUUUUCACCCAAAAACUACUCUAUCCAUCCUAAUCCAAUUGAGGUUUUAGGAAAGAGUACUUAUAUUGAGAAACUUUACAAAAUCCCUUUUCUUUCCUAUAUUAGCACAACAUGGUUGAAUAAAAGUAUGAAAUACAUCUUUUUCCUUUUAAGACACAACAGUAUUGUAAUUUGGAAAAAAGACAAGAAGCACAAAUUCAGGAAGUUAGUACAAAAUGCAUACUUUGAUACUUUGUAUUGAAUUCCAAAGACAACAAUUAUUUUGGGAAAAUACUGCCCAAAUAACAACAAUUUCGAACCACAUUUUAUUUGAUUUAUCUAUAUGGCUGUUCUGUUUACACUUGAGAUAUGUGUGGGUUUAUAGGAAAUGUGUUUUGGUAACACCACAGAUGGGUGUUCAUGAUCACAACUAUUCUUGCAAAUAUACCACUCAACUUUGUAAACCCUUGAUUAUCUAUAUAAUCCCUAUUCAUUGUAUAGUAAGUUAAAAAUCUUUAUUUAUAUCCCCUAUUGACUUCUUGUGCACUAACUGUGCAGGUGCCCCCAACGUAUUGCAAAGAGAGGAAAUUAUGGAGCUUUUCUUAUGGAUAAUCUUUCCCUUAUAAGGUCCCUGGUAGAGAAAUUGUCAAACAAUCUUACUGUUCCUGUUUCAUGUAAAAUCCGUAUCUUCCCAGAUUUGCAAGACACAAUCAAUUACGCCAAGAUGUUGGAGGACGCGGGCUGCGCUCUCUUGGCAGUGCAUGGACGAACAAGGGAUGAAAAGGAUGGGAAGAAAAUCCGGGCCCACUGGGAUAUCGUCAAGGCAGUUAAAAAAUCUGUUAGAAUCCCCGUGCUCGCUAAUGGGAAUAUUCGGCACAUGGAUGACGUGAAAAGUUGCUUGGAAGAGACCGGUGCAGAAGGUGUACUCUCAGCCGAGUCACUUCUUGAGAACCCUGCCUUAUUUGCUGGAUAUAGGACAUCUGAGUGGACAGAGGGAAGUGGAGGAAUAAAAGAAGAUAAUAGGGUUGACCAGGCUGAGUUAGUGGAGGAGUAUUUGAAGUUUUGUGAGAAAUACCCAGUGCCCUGGAGAAUGAUUCGUUCCCAUGUGCACAAAAUGUUGGGAGAAUGGUUCAGGGUCCAGCCUGACAUUAGAGAGGAUCUUAAUAAACAAUCCAUACUUACAUUUGCAUUUAUGUACGACUUGGUAAAUCGGCUAAGGGAACGUGGUAUACGGAUACCAUUAUAUGUGAAGGACAACCUUCAAAGCAGAGGAUUUUCUGAAAAGUGAACAAUUUAUCGAAUGUGUUUGUUCUGAGUUCCAAGAACAAACUUGGUAACAUUUUUCUCAGCCAUUGUUCUUUGUGAUCUUACAUGAACAUGAUGACAUCCAUGCGGCCAUGCCUAGUGAACUUUUCAAGACACCAGGUGGAGAACGGAAAGUUUGAAUGCUUUUGUCUUUUUAAGGCGUGCAAGGUUCAAACUCAAUCUUACACGUUGCAAGGAUACUCUAUAGCUGUAUUAGUUAUAGUGGAAUUAACUCACAUUAAAACAGUGCAAGGGGUUGUUUGAUGCGAUUCAUUGUAAUUUUUUUGGGAAUAUCUAAUUGGGAGAGUUUGAUUUUACCCUUCGUUUCACUUAAAAAUCA